AGGGUUGGGUAAAGACGGACGUGGGUUUUACGGUGAAAAAGUGGGUGGAAAAACAUCAGCUGAACCACGCGAUGCAAAUAGCCUGCAGCACCUGUUCAAUCGACCGUGACACUGCACCUGUAUCCAUCGAACAAACGUUAAAACCCUUUUUGGUAAUACAUACGUCACCGUUGCCCCAAGAAAACAGGCUCAAAAGAAAUUCUAAUUGUUCACCGGAAAUGAAGGAAUGUUGUCGUGACGAAUUAUUCAUUGAUUUCCAAGACAUCGGUUGGGGUGAUUGGAUACUUCAUCCUAGUGGUUAUCACGCAUACUUUUGCAGGGGUUCAUGCACUUCGGUUGCAUCCUUGACGUUAAGUGGAUCACAUUAUAACAACGUUAUCAGGAAAUGGAAUCUGGUGCAUCACGAAAAAGAAAUUGUACCCUGUUGUUCGCCAACUCAAUUCUCACCGAUGCAACUUCUAUAUAUCGACAGUAACAGCACGAUAAAACAGAAGACUUUACCUAACAUGGUCGUCGAAGCUUGUGGUUGUAUGUGACAAUAACUUAUUUUUACCCCCUAACUAAGGCACACAACGAAAAAGUGAAAAUUAUUAAAAAGAA